GGGCAGGGAGGGCGGCCGGCGGGCAGCGGCCCCGGCCCCGCCGCGUGCGCCGCCAUGGUGGGCCGGCUGAGUCUGCAGGAUGUGCCGGAGCUCGUGGACACGAAGAAGAAGGGCGACGGCGUCCUGGACAGUCCGGACUCGGGGCUGCCCCCCAGCCCCAGCCCCAGCCACUGGGCGCUCGCGGCGGCGGGGGGCGGCGGCGGCGCCGGGGGGGAGCGCGCGCCCGCUCCGGGGGCGCUGGAGCCCGACGCGGCGACGACGCCCGCGGCCCCGGCUCCGGCUUCCCUCCCCAACCCCCUGGCCUCCGGCUGCUCGCCCAGGUUAUGCCCACUGUCCUUUGGCGAAGGAGUGGAGUUUGACCCCUUACCACCGAUGGAAGUCAGGUACACGUCCUCGGUCAAGUACGACUCCGAGCGGCACUUCAUUGACGACGUCCACCUGCCGCUGGGCCUGGCCGUGGCCUCCUGCAGCCAGACCAUCACCUGCAUCCCCAGGUGCACGUGGCGCAACUACAAGGCCGAGGUGCACUUCGAGCCCCGGCACAAGCCCAGCCGGUUCCUCAGCACCACCAUCGUCUACCCCAAGUACCCCAAGACCGUCUACACCACCACCCUGGAUUACAACUGCCGCAAGACCCUGAGGAGGUUCCUGUCCAGCGUGGAGCUGGAAGCCGCGGAGUUCGCGGGCGGCGACUACCUGUCGGAUGAGAGCUGACUGGGGCAGGCUGGGGGCUGGACCGGCCGUCCCGUCCUGGUCGGCUUGGGCCAGGCUGCCCUUGCUGGUCAUGCCAGCCCCAGGAGUGUCUGACCCAGAGAUUUGUAUAAGCCCAGAAGAAAAAACGUCACAGUAUCUUCCAAUGAGAAAGAGAUUUUGGUUUUUA